AAUCUGCUAGCUCCUCCUGAGGCUAGCUAUUUCCGCCGCUAGCAGGUUCCUGAACUGCCAUGGCAGCAGCUCUCGCCUCGCCUCUGACGUCCCGCAUCGCUGUCUUUAGCCGAGCGCGCAGUCUAUCCAACGGCGCCAGUGCAUUCAACGGCGUGCGUCAAACGAUCGUAGGUAAAUCCUUUUCUGCUCAGUGCGUCAACCGCGCCUCGCCUUCUCUCCCUGAUUUUCGGCUGACCGCGAGGGCGACUCGAUCGCGGGUGACCAUGGCGUCAGCAGCAUCGGACGGCGCAGCGGCGACGGCGAGCGGCGAGGAGGAGCUCGCGAAAUUCGUGGCUCGCGACAACCGUCGCAUGCUGCACGUCGUCUACCGCGUGGGGGACCUGGAAGCCGCUAUUAAGUUCUACACGGAGUGUCUGGGCAUGAAGGUGCUGCGGCAGCGCGACAUUCCCGAGGAGAAGUACUCCAACGCCUUCCUCGGCUACGGCCCUGAGACCUCCUGCUUCGUUGUGGAGCUCACCUACAACUAUGGCGUGGACAAGUACGACAUUGGAGCGGGCUUUGGCCACUUCGGCAUCUCCGUUGACGAUGUGUACAAGACGGUAGAGCUGGUGAAAUCGCGAGGAGGCAAGGUGACACGGAGGCAGGGCCAGUGAAGGGCGGCAAGAGCGUUAUCGCGUUCGUGGAGGACCCUGCUGGGUACAAGUGGGAGAUCAUUCAACGGCCGCCCACUCCCGAGCCACUCUGCCAGGUCAUGCUGCGUGUGGGGGAUCUUGACCGAGCAAUCAAGUUCUAUGAGAAGGCGUAUGGCAUGAAGCUGCUGAGGACACGAGACAACCCGCACUACAAGUACACAAUAGCCAUGGUGGGGUACGGGCCGGAGGAGGAGAGCGCGGUGGUUGAGCUGACCUACAACUAUGGGGUCGAGUCAUAUGAGAAGGGCAACGCCUACGCCCAGAUUGCGAUAGGGACAGACGAUGUGUACAAGACAGCAGAGGCCAUUCGAGCGGCUGGCGGCAAGAUCACUCGAGAGCCAGGGCCGAUCCCCGGCAUCAACACCAAGAUCGUGGCGUGCCUCGACCCCGAUGGCUACAAAUCAGUCUUUGUUGACAACCAGGAUUUCCUUCGUGAGCUGGAGUGAACGAAGCAGUUUUAGCAUUGCUUCUCUAGGCAACAAAGCACAUUAAAUACAGGCUCUUUCUAACGUGUGAUGCAUAGAAUGUACCUGUGAUAGCUGCUUGCAAGGCUAUGCGCGUACAGCCGUUAUUUCACUUAACGAGAAUCGCACCUAGUCUUCAGCUACUUCGCGAGACUUCGCCAGCAGGAACAGUUCCCAACGAUCUGGUAAUCCUUCGCUGUUUUAAAGG